CAGGUUUGCUUUGAAGUAAGUGUCCUUGAAAAACUACCAGUUACCAUGCCUGAAACGGAGACAAACCCCCAUGUUGUAAGAGUGGGCUGGUCAGUGGACAAGGCUAAUUUACAGGUGGGUAUGAUUGGUUAACCCUUUAAGCCCGAAGAGUGGUCAGUAUCAGAUUUCUCCUUGUAACAUCAUAUCAAUGCUUUCUAAAACAGAGUAGUCAUGAGAAUUACGGACAUGAUCACACAAGAUGAAUUUGCUUGAUAUUUUAUCUCAACUUCUCCCCACUACUUCUGUAGGAAAUGAGUAGGGGCAACAAAUGAGAAUUCAAAUUUUGCUCUUGGGGUUUAAAGGGUUAAAGGUACUUUUACUACCCUGUGUUCUUUCAGCUCACAUUGUUCUUUCAUAUGGGAUCAUUUACUUAUACUCUACUUUGAGACGUGUGCUCUUAACACCUGGAAUCUGGAUCUAGAGGUCCAGGGUUCAAGUCUCACCUGUCGCCUUGUUUCCUUAGUCAAGAAACUUUAUUCCCCUUUGUCUCUUCACCCAGGUGUGUGAAUGGGUACCAGCGACGUACUGUGGGGGCNGGAGACAAACCCCCAUGUUGUAAGAGUGGGCUGGUCAGUGGACAAGGCUAAUUUACAGGUGGGUAUGAUUGGUUAACCCUUUAAGCCCGAAGAGUGGUCAGUAUCAGAUUUCUCCUUGUAACAUCAUAUCAAUGCUUUCUAAAACAGAGUAGUCAUGAGAAUUACGGACAUGAUCACACAAGAUGAAUUUGCUUGAUAUUUUAUCUCAACUUCUCCCCACUACUUCUGUAGGAAAUGAGUAGGGGCAACAAAUGAGAAUUCAAAUUUUGCUCUUGGGGUUUAAAGGGUUAAAGGUACUUUUACUACCCUGUGUUCUUUCAGCUCACAUUGUUCUUUCAUAUGGGAUCAUUUACUUAUACUCUACUUUGAGACGUGUGCUCUUAACACCUGGAAUCUGGAUCUAGAGGUCCAGGGUUCAAGUCUCACCUGUCGCCUUGUUUCCUUAGUCAAGAAACUUUAUUCCCCUUUGUCUCUUCACCCAGGUGUGUGAAUGGGUACCAGCGACGUACUGUGGGGGCGGGGGGGGGGGGAGUUGGGUGGUAACCCUUCGAUGGACUAGCAUCCCAUCCAGGGAGGAGUAGUAACACUUCUAUCCCAGUUUCCUUAGCAUGAAGCAUGCCUAAGCUCUAGAAGUUUCCACCUUUGACUUGGUGCGUCUUCACCUUACCUUACCCACUUUUCUUACAGGUUGGAGAGGAUAACUUGUCUUAUGGUUAUGGUGGUACUGGAAAGGUUUCUGUAAACAACAAGUUCUUUGACUACGGCGAGCCUUAUACAACAGGCGACAUCAUAGGUUGCUGUAUAGACCUUGAUGCUACUCCCAGGGCUAUACUUUUCACCAAAAAUGGCAAUUACCUUGGUGUGGCAUUUCGCCUUGGACCUGAGACAAAUGGACAGACAUUUUUCCCCCAUAUCACCGUUAAGAACAUGCGUCUCGCAAUAAACUUUGGACAGUUUCAGCCAUACUUUCCACCCCUUCAGGGAUUUAGCCUGCUCUCGUGCAUGCCACCCCAAUACUUAGAAAGGGGAUCAGUGGGUCCUUUGUCAAGAGGAGAAUGUGACAUUAUUAUGAUGGUAGGAUUACCAGGCUCUGGUAAGACAUUUUGGGCCGAGAAAUACGCCAAAGAUCACCCAGAAAAGAAAUUCCAUAUCUUGGGAACAAACACAAUAAUGGAUAAAAUGAAGGUGAUGGGGUUGAUGAGGAAACGCAACUACCACGGCCGCUGGGAUGCGCUCAUUAAACAAGCUACAGAUGUCUUAAACAAAAUAUUUAAAAUUGCCGAGAGGAAUAAUCGGAACUACAUUCUUGAUCAAACCAAUGUAUAUUUCACUGCGCGGCGAAGAAAGAUGAAUAACUUCCAUGGGUUCCAUAGAAUUGCGGCUGUGAUUGUAAACACGAAUGAUGUUCUAAAAGAACGGACGGAGAAAAGAGAAAGAGAAGAAGGAAAGGUUGUCCCAGAGUCUGCUGUUCUUGAGAUGAAAGCAAACUUUGCUCUCCCUGAAGUUGGAGAUACUUUUGAUGAUGUUUGGUAUAUUGAAGAGGAUAAAGCCAGCUCAGAAGGCCUCGUGGCCCAGUUCCAACGUGAAGGGAAAGAGUUCAAAGAGAAUGAGAAAAAAAGAAAACCUGAUGAAGUUUCAGCAUCAAGCGGGAAUACAUCUUCUGAAAUUAAAAGACAACGCCCUGAGCAAGCAGGCCAUACAGCACCUUCAUAUCACAGUCAUCAAGGUCAGCGUUCUGGCCAAAGUGACCGUACUGGUUUCCAUGGUAACUAUCAAUCAAGAGAUCAAAGAGGAGCAUCACAUGACAAGCCCUUUUAUGGAAAUCCACCAGAUGCCCGUGCAGCACCCAUUAGACCAAGAAAUGAUCAUGGUCCUUUUCAGCCUCCUUCAGGGGAAACCAGAGAACCACAUAGGGUAUAUAAUCAAGGACCUCAGCCCAGAUACAAUGACUAUAGUUACGGGUCCUCAUAUGGACCACAAGAAAACUAUGAUCGAAGUCAGCCCCCUAGUGAUAACAGAUAUCAAUCUCAUUACCAGCCACCUAUGACUAGCGAUAAUUACCAGUAUUACCAAGGAUCAGGUGGUCACAGAUAUCAAUCAAAUUAUCAACUGACUGAAAACAGGUAUGGUCCACCUCCAUCCUCACAGUAUAACCAUAACCAGUACGCUGCACAGUCAUACCAACAAGGACAGGACUAUUACUCAGGGGGAGUAGGAAGAGGUCCGGUACCCUCUGGUGGUCAGUAUGGUCAGUAUGGAUAUGGUGGAGGAUAUUAG